GCCGCGCUGGCCCCGCCCCGGCCCCGCCCCGCGUCGCUCCGCGCCCGCGCGCUUCGGCGGAGCCGCUCGCCGCGCCGAGCCGAGCCGAGCCGAGCGGUCGCCGAGCCCCGGCGGGGGGAGCCGCACCGCGGCGGCGGCCGCUGAGGUUUUUUCCAUCCACUGUAUUGUGAAGGACUAGCAGUAGAAGCCUACAAAUAGGUGAAAGCGUCUCGACAGCCCGGCGGGAAGGUGGAUUAUUUGACGGACGAUGAGCGCGCGGCUCUAGACAUGGUUUGCGGUUGGGUCCGGCUGGCGCUGUCUGAAUGAAGCUAUGGGCUGCGCGUCAGCCAAGCAUGUUUCUACUGUUCAAAACGAAGAGGAAACUCAGAAAGGCAAAAACUACCAGAACGGAGAUGUGUUUGGGGAUGAGUAUAGGAUCAAACCAGUGGAAGAGGUCAAAUACAUGAAAAAUGGGGGCGAAGAUGAUCAGAAAAUAGCAGCCAGGAACCAAGAAAACUUGGAAAAAAGUGCCAGUUCAAACGCAAGACUUAAAUCUAAUAAAGAGAUCCCAGGAUUAGUACAUCAACCCAGAGCAAACAUGCACAUCUCCGAGAGCCAGCAGGAAUUCUUCAGGAUGCUCGACGAAAAGAUUGAAAAGGGUCGUGACUACUGUUCAGAAGAGGAGGAUGUCACAUAGUGCCGGUUCUGCCGGCGAAGCAGGAGAACUACUGUGUAAAUAGAUCGCAACCCCGCCGAGACCUUUGGGACGUCUUCUAGAGCGAGCAGCGCUACAUAACGCGAGAAGAUCAUUUCCACAUUAUAUGCUCCAUUCAGUUACAGUGUUUCUUACUGACCAGACGAGGAAUAUUGCUAAGAACUCGUAUGGGACCGUUUUUGUUGCUGCUAGUUAAAACUUGUCGCAACUUUCCACUUUUUCCGUGUCCAGAUAUGCAGCAAAUCCUUAAGGUUGAUCCGAAAGACAGUGUCGAUGAUUUUAUUCGGGCUUCGGGCCGGCUUUCUGCCUGUCAGACGGGGUAGUGUCACACCAGGCUUCCGUCAGUGACCGUCGAGCGGCCGGGAACCACCCUUGGGCUGCGUGUCCGUGCGCGGGCGGGCCGGUGAGGCCACGCUUCGGGGGGGGGUUUGCCGGGGCAGGCCUUGUUCCGCCGCUGCGAAGAGGCGGCGAAACUGGUGUCCCUUAAAAGCAUGUUGUCACUGAAAUACUGGAAGUGAUGCAGGAGCAGGGAUUUGUAUUUUAGGAGGAAAAGAGUUUUCAUUUACUAGGUAUCUUAAUCAAGGACUAAGCUUGCAGUAUUGGCUUUGCUGAGCACGAAUGGGAGUGUGAUCACAAUCAUUUUGAAUCUCUUUUUUUCUAAGAAAAUAAACAUUUUACUGUUUUUAUGUA